GGUGAAGGAGUGGGGAUGGUUCGGUUCCGCGUGCCUGCGAGACGAGCCGAGGCAUCAGUUCGUAGCGACGCGUCCCUGGCGCAAGUCGCUGUCAUGUUUCUCUUAUUGUUCGGUGGUUUUCGGCCGAGUGCCGUGGUGCAUUAUGGAUUCGCGGUUUUCGGUCUGCUCUCUGUUCUUCUGGUGUCGUGUCCAGUUAACUGCCAGGAGACACUGACCAAUCGGAUGCGGGUGAUCAGCGAGGAUCUGGACCGGCAGCUAAACGGGAUCAUGGCAUCGCAGGGUAUCAACUACACGACAACGAACACGACCGGGCUGCUCUACAACGCCACCACGUAUUUCAACCCCAAGGGCAUGGGCCAGCUGUACAACGUGACCAACAUGUUCAUCGACUUCGUGCAAAGCAAGCAAGCCUAUCCCGAGGGAAUGUUCACUGUUGUGGAUGGUGUACCAACGUUCCAGUAUUCUUUGGCCCAAUGGAAAAUAAUCGCGACACAUUACGGUGGAUUGGCUGGCCUAACGUUCGUUGGACUUCUUCUGGCUGCGAUUUUACCCUGCGUAGGCUUGUUCUUCUGUUGCUGCAGAUGCGCUGGCCAUUGUGGCGCCAGAAGUCAACCCUUUGACAAGAAACACGAUCAUUGUAGGAAAGUGAUGCUGAGCAUGGUGCUGAUUGCGGUCGCCACUAUUAUUCUGUUUGGCGUGGUUUGCGCCUUUGUAACAAACGAGUACAUGCAGGAUGGAACCAAGGAGUUUCCUAACAAUGUGAAAAUCAGCCUGAAAGACGUGAAACUGUAUCUGAGCAACACAAAGGAGGCGAUCGAUAACCUUCUCAAGACUAAUUUCAACGAGCUGGAAAUUAAUUUGAACAACAUCCUUCAAGCCAGCGGUAGAAUCGUCACUGAACAACUCGCUGAAUACUCCCACGCGGUCUCGUUGACUAAUCUAAGCGACAUUGUCGCUGGCCUGGAGUCCAUUAAAGAGGACCUGAAGAUCAUGCAGACCAUCACCCGCGAUCUAAGGACCAACGCUAGUCAACUGGACAUCGUUGUACGAGGUGUUAAAAACAAUCUCCUACACACGCUCGCGGCUUGCAAGACGCAAAAUUGCAAACAGGUGCUGCAUGAUUACAAAGUGAAUCAAAUGUCGGUUCAAGUGGAGUUCGACAAGUACAUGGACCGAUACUUCCCGAAGCUUCAGUCUUUGCCAAACGUCACAUCCGCUUUGAACAACAUCACGAUGCUGAUGAAAGGCAACAUCGUGUCGGAAGUGAGCCAGGGCAAAGAGUCGUUCUUGAAGAUUCAGAAAGACAUUCAACACGCUGUGAACCAGACCAUUCCUGUCGUGAGCGCGAGUAUUAGAAGAGUCAGCGUACAUAUGGACGCUUUGGCGAAGAAUAUGACAGUGCUUCUUGAUAGGAUAGGCGUUGAGAUAAGCGAUGACAUGAAGGCUGUAGAUCAUACAUGGAAGCACGUGGAUCAGUAUAUACCGUACAGAUACUAUCUUGGCCUUGGAAUAUCAGGAAUUCUACUAACAGUUUUAAUGUGUCUGACUUUCGGUCUCUUCUGUGGCAUUUGCGGAAAGCGACCUGAUGGAUAUGGGGACGAUUGCUGUAACAAAGGAUCUGGGGCACGAUUCCUUAUGAUGGCUGUUUGGAUAAUUUUCCUCUUAACGAGCGUUCUAAUGGUGAUAACCGUAGCACACAUGGUCAUUGGUGUUCUUGUUCAAAGAGCUAUUUGUGAACCUUUGAAGAAUCCGCAGGAUAAUAGGAUGUUCGCUCUAGUUGAUGAAAUUGUGCAAAUCAAAAAUAAGCUGUAUCCACAGAAUCCUAAUGCUGACGUGAAUAUGAGCUACAUAAUCACACACUGCCAUCGAAACGAAACACUGUACAAUGUACUGAAGGUAGGCAACAUCUUCGACAUAGGCUCGUUACGCGAAUACGCCGGCCGUUACGACAUCAACAACACAAUCCAACAAUUACGACGCAAAAUCAGUCUCUCACCUGGUGUGGUGAUCCUCACGGAUAGUGCAAAGUCGAAAUUAAACGAUCUUGCGCAAAGUGGUCUCAGUGACAUCAAGUUCUAUCAGUAUGUGGAGAUCCUCGCAGAUAAUAUCACGAACAUCAACCUGGAACAUCUAGCGAAACAACUGUUGGAUGUGUCAGCUGAAUUGCCCAAGGGGCAAGAGGACAUUCGAGUCAGUUUGGAGAAAAACGCAAUGGAUCUGGCAUAUUAUCAUGACCAGUUGGUAAAACCCAUGGGAAUGCUUAGCGAACAGUUGGUUACAAAGGCUGUGACACUCGAGGAGAAGAUAAAGUUUAACCACAGUUCGAUGGCGGAAGCUAUUCAUAAUCUGGUUAACGAAGUGACGAAGGCGCAGCAGUUUUUGAAUAAAGACGGGCCAGAAUACGUGCAACAACUGGCAACCAAAUUUGGAAACGCUUUCCUUCGUCAAGUUGACGACUUCCUCGAGCUAGUUAUCCAUCACGCGCUGAUGGACGUAGGAAGAUGUGCUCCAGUCUCCAACGCGUAUAAUGCAACGCUAGUCGCAGGAUGCAACCGGGUUCUAGAUCCAUUCAAUGGUUUCUGGGUGAGUGUGGGCUGGUGUCUAAUUCUCUUCAUCCCAACCAUAGUACUUUGCGUGAAAUUGAGCGCGCUGUACCAAAAAUCGGAUCCCUAUCCAGGACCUCUAGUCGAAGCUGAAUAUUUGUAUGACGCGUACGCAGACAGGGAUAACAUACCCCUUACUCAUGUUCACGAUAAGAAAUACGUAUCGCACAGCAGAGACCCUUACGCAAAGUACGAAAGCUACGAUGGUCCAGCGGGUGGAUACAGCGAACGAGAGAGAGUCCCAGAAGCGCAUCAGAGCACGUCCCAUUAUCACCAUUAUUCCAGAUACUCUGACGUGGCGCCGAAUUCCACCCCCACGUGGCGAAGCCACGAACAUACCGCCCCCUCCAAAACAGAACCUCACAAUAAAGUCUUUAGCAUAUCCGUAGAAACGCAAAAUUGUGACUUCCCUAAUGGUGGUCCUCCUGGAUACCAACCAGCUGCUGCUGCCGCUCCGCCUCCGCUUAGCACGGAAUACGAGCGACCGCCUCCCUAUUAUUAUUAUCCUGGGCCAGGGGACACAAAUUAGGAAACAAGUGCCGUGGCAUGCACAAAAGUAGCGCUGAGUAGCGUGGCUACCCACAGUCUCACCCGCAGUUACAAAAGGACACUCAAAAAGAAAGAGAAAUCCGGAUGCAAGCGAGACUAUGUCUAAUUUGUAGCGUUCCUGUUUGAGCGUGCCACGGACCGUGCGAACGGCGAAAUCAAUUAAAGACCAAGUUUGAUACACAGACUGAGGUAGGCUAAAUGGAUCCUUCGGCGAGCCGCAAGUAGUGUGAUCAAUGUGUGCGAUUCGUUUCGUUUAGUAUUAUUUUUUAGACAUCGUGCGUAUCACGAGAAAAACGUUACAUUAUGUCCAAUACUACUCUUUUUUUUCUUUUUGCCGUCUGCAGUUUCUCUCUUUUUUGUUUUAAUAGCGUUUGGACGCCUACCUUCUUUCUCGUUUUCUUUUUUUAUUUCACUACUCGCUUUAUCUUUAUAUUAAUUUUUUUUCUUUUUUUUUCUUUUUUUAUUACGAGACGAACUGUAAUGAAGCGAUGAUUUUCAUCGUAUGUGCUAUGUUAAUCGUUGGACAAUCGAUUUCUAACACGACUGAUUAUAUAUCGUUUACCACCGUUCUUUUUGUUUUUUUCUGCGAUAUUUCUUCCAUCAAAUGCCAUCGUGACCAAGGUCUUUUCUACUAUUAUCAUCGAUCCGCCUUCGAGAUUCGCGCGUGUUGUGUCACACGCCGAAAUUAAUCCUCAACUCUCGAAAGCGCAUCGAUUAUUAUACGUUUUAUCGUUGCUUGAGAGGAAUCCUGAAACUCUGCAAGGAAAUUUUUCUGUGGAACCCUUAGUUCACCUCGGAUGUUCAGUUCCUAAUUAUAAAUACACAGGAUUGAAAUCAUCGUCUGCAUUAACCAGUAUUAAUAUUAAAAAAAAAAAAAACGUUCAUUAUCGUGCCUCCCUUGUUGACCCAUUGCCGUACGCUUCUCUUUCACUGAACAAUCUCUCUUCGUUCAGAAAUUAGCGAACGUGUAUAUAACAUUCAGCCGCUUGUGUCUUAUGAAUUUUCACCGUCUUUUACGUGAACUGCCUACCAAGGAACAACAACUAAGUACACAGAAUGACUAUGAUGACAAAUGACACGUCGAUGAGCCGUCGUAUAAAAAGGAACACGUGCGAUCGAUUCGAGCAUGAGCCACUUAUUUCUACGUUCAUUAUAAUUAAUCGUAUUAUUAUAUAAAAUUGUGAAGAUAUCAUAAGUUUGAUUAACUAAUUUUUCCAAUGCAAUUAUUGUCAAGCACAAGCUAGAGUAUAUUGCACGAGAUAUUACUGUACUCGACGACUUCCAAACUGUGUUAGAUCAUUCGCAGCAAGAAGCGUACAUGGAGAUUCGUUUAUGAAAUUCUGUUCGUCUCUGAACGACACACUGCCCUCUUGAACAAGUCGCGUUCAACAAGAAAAUUCACGUAGAACAUCGAAUCCUCGGAUUACAUCGAUCGCACACUUUCCUUGUAACGAAAUAUUCGCGAAGAUUUCUCGCAAUCUCGAGCACUUAACAACGCCAUAUUUAAAUGCCAAACGACACUCUUUAAAACGUGGACCGUGGAUGUCGAACGUGUACGCUGCUGGUUCGAAUUCUACGGUCCACGCGUCCUCGAUCUUGCUGGAUCGUUCGUAGGUAUAAGAAAAUCCCGGAACUAAUUUCCUCUUGGUCACACGCCGGAACCGCUCGUUCCACGAUGACGGAAGUUAGUUUCAUUGCAAGAUCACCGCUGCAAAAUACUCUAUGUACAUGGUUCUUAAGUAGACGUUUUUUCUUACUAUUAACUUUACCGUGUAAUUUACCGAUCUAAGCUCCUAGAUAUUUCCACGUCGCAUAGAGAGGUUGUACGCGUGUUCAUUCAUGUGUCUACGCGACGACGAAAUGUCUUGACGAACAUAUGCAACAUCCGUACAGUACUUCGAUCGUGAAGGAUGGACCUUUCUUCGUGGAGGUUGUCACUGCCAUUUUAGAGAAGCUCGUUCUUCUACUCUGUAAGUUAGAGGCUGUUUAGGGGACGGUGAAACCUCCCGUUAAAUGAAAGUCUUUUUGAAAGCUCUGUAGUACGAUUAGAAUAAUUAACUCUUUGCAGUUCAGUAAUCCCUAGACUACAGAUAUUUAUACAUUUAUGAGAUAUUCGAAGAUAUCCGGAAUUUGGAAUUUAAAAAUGUUCGGAACGCGUGUUCAUAGUCUGUAGAGAUACACAGAAUAUCGAAAGGCUUCCAUUGCGACUAAAAUUUCUUCCUCGGAACUCGUCAACGCGAAAACUGAGAACUACGCGUGACACCAGCGUGGUGUCAUCAGUGGUCAACGUGUCGAUACUUGUCACGUGAAACGAGCAUCUCUGCUCGCAAAAUCAAGAAAUCUGCGAUAAAUAUCUACAGUCUAGUGGUUACGUUUCAUCUAGGAAUAUAAGUAAAGCGACAAAUGCGACGAACAUCUAGUUUUUAAAAACCGUGAAUCAAUGUACAAGCUCAAUCUGUAAACGACUGCAAAGGGCUAAGCGAAAGUUAAACGUUUGAAAUUUCGAAUUUAGAUACUUUAGGAAUUGAAAUACCCAUUGGUACAAGCUCAUAAGAAUAGAAUAGAAGAGUCUAAGGUGAAUUUGUACCAAUCGGUGUGCGGAGUCUCUUGUUCGUAGGUCGAUCAUUUCGACGAUAUGUUUCUAAGUGUUUCUCACCACUUCGGACUCUAGAAUCCAAUGAAUUACUGUACCGCAAAUGGGAGGCAUCAGGAUGUUGCAUUAUCCGUAGAGAACCUGUUUCACAUAGUCGUUGCUAUUGCGUGCAGCGAGUUUUAACGUUAACAUUAUACGGUAGAUUACGCCGCCCAUGCGACGGUCUUUGAUUCGGCCGUUAGCAGACUGCCAAAAAGAAAAAAAAAGAAGAAAAAGAAAUGUGAAAAAAAACGCAAAAAAAAAGAACAAAAGGAUACUUCCCUCGUACGUUGUAUGAAGGCGUGAGAAAGUGGGAGCACAAAAUCUUAGAAUCUUUUAAAGAAAAUAAAAACAGCGUAGAUAAGAGAAGAGAGAGUAAGUGAGGAUCGCGUGAAAGGUAGAUCCAUACCUCUGUAUGAUUGUCGUAUAAAAAUAGGGAGAAAAGGGAACGAGAGAAGGAAGCUGGCGUGAGGAGAAGACGAUUUUUCCCGCUCUAUCAUUAACUGUAUUAACAUACACAUUUAGCAUAGUGGAAAGUAAGCUACGUUUUUAGCGUAAUAUCGACGGAAACACAGAUAUCAUCGUUGUUGUAUGUAUGGGAAAUUGAGGAACCGUGAUGUCCUUUUCCUUCCUCCUAUUAUUUUUUUUUUUUUUUUUUUUUUUUUUUUUUUAUUAUCUAAGAAUGUUAAAGAAACACGUAAUAAUCGAUUGCUGUGUGUGGACACGCAAGACUAUUUUAUCCGGUUGACUAUAUUAGCCAUGUCUCGUAACGAAAAAUAAACAGAGUCGCAUGAGAACGAGCCCGGAGAACGAGUGCCGUGUAUAGAGAUUCGUGUCAAUCGAUCACGAAUCAUUGAAAAUGAUAAAUUACGAUUGUCGCGUGCCGUCGAAAGGCACCGCGGAAACCAAUUUUUCUGGUGCUAUUUUUAUAUGGGAUACGUAGCGACGAUUUCAUGUCGGGCACUCCUUCUCUACAUUUUUCUGAACGUGUCGUAUAAAAUAUGACAUGGGGACUUUGAACCGUUGUGAAGAAGGAACACUCUUUUUACCGCCUUCUAGAAACCACGGGACAUAAGUUGAGAGUUUUCUAUCAUUCUUGCGGUCAGUUCACCUUUCGAUAAUCUACGUUCUCAGUUCUGUUGGAUCGCGUCUGUUAUUAUAAAAUUUCAGCAAUAUCUUAGGAAUAUUUAGAAACGUCUGCCUCUUGUUCAUAGUAGUCGAAUUUAUACGGUACAAUAUUUUUGUAGAAAUUUAUUCCAGAACAAUAUUUUUUAGAAAUUUAUUCCAGGCUAAUAUUUUUUUAGAAAUUUACCCCUAACAUUUGGUACAGUUCUAGUAAUAAUAAAAAUAAUGUGUAUAUUUUCGAUAGUAGGCCCGUAUGCAUUGCAUUAAAAACAUAA